GACAACGAUUGCGAGAUGCCCACAUCACCGCGCACAAGGGCACGUAAACUGGAGCUAACGAGACCUAUACAUCGCGCAGAACUACACAGCAGUUGUGCACGUUGAUAUUGCGCAGCACUGACCGAGUUUCAUCGCUGAGGCACCGCAUACAGAGACAUUUGCUCUGCACACUGGACUGCAGUGCAGCAAAUUGCACAUAGCAAGGCGUCUCCGUCUCGUAAGCCGCUUACAACCAUGCGCACAGCAGCUCUAUUCAUCGCCGCGACGACCUGGGCGCUGCAACCGCUCCAACCAAGACGACGACGACGCGCCGUGAUCCGCAUGAUCUCCGAGCGCCAAAUACCGGCGUAUGUGCAGACCAUGAAAUUGUACGAGUCCGAGCACGGCGUCGAGACGCUCCCGGCCUGCGGGUCCGCCACCGUCAAGUUCGUCGAGCACGACGGCAGUCAUUUAAUCUCGCACUCGCAAGAACCCUUGUUCUCCAAGGCAGAGACGCAAGCCAUCAUUGAUGAAGCGGAAGAACGAGCAGCAAGGAUGGGCGGCUGGACGACCAAAAGGCAUGCGAACUACGCGACGACCGAUGUGCCCGUGCAAGAGCUACCGCGGACGCACGAGUGGUUUCGAGAAAAGGCGCUACCUGAAGUGCUCUACCCGUUCCUCGCGACGUCGUACAAAGACUUAUUACCGUCGACCGAACCUUUAAGGGUCGUCGACGCCUUCGUCGUAAAAUACAACGCGACGGCUGGGCAGUCGUUCCUGAAGCCUCAUAGAGAUGGUUCUGUCGUUUCCUUCAACAUCGCUCUCAAUGACAUGUCCGAGUACGAAGGCGGCGGCACCUGGAUCGCUAGAUUAGCGCGCGACGAUCCGCCCGGGUCGAUCCGAUCGGACCGCGGCCACGUCUUAGCUCAUGCCUCUGGUAUGCUGCACGGCGGGCACGAGGUCGAGUCCGGCGUUCGCUACAUCCUGGUGUGCUUCGUGAUCCUGAAGAACUUCGCGAACUUCGCGACACGGUUCUACCAGGCCGUGCGGGAUCAGGAUCCCGAGGAGUUCGAGCCGCUGCCUCCGGGCAUCGAGGGCGUGGACUCGGCAUGACGGCGCGCG